GACUGGUACUACCUGACGUAUCGAUUCCCGUACUCUCUGCUCGUCGAAACUGGCUGGGCACCUAUCAUCUUUUCGACUUGGGCGCUGUUAGCAGAAUCAUUCAAGUCGUCUUUCCCUGACUUGGUGUGGAAGGACUGCGAAGAUGUUCCUGGCGUUGGGAAGCUGAUGCCGGACAUGCAGGCCUACGUCACUGCCCCGACGCAGAUGUGGCAGAAGAUGAUGUCGUCCAUGAUGGGUGCAGAUGAGGACGCUUUGAAGAGAUGUCCCUUGGCUUCUGCCUUCAUGGCCGGCCUUCUGUCAGCUGUUGAGGACCAUGACAAGGUUCGUAAAUCACUGCUGGACUUGGCGCAGUUCGCCCUGAGGCACUACAGGGAGAAGAACAACUUCACCUUUGCAAAUGUGCUUCUGUCAUCUUGGAACAUUUUCUCACCGAUCGCCCACACUGCACUCUUGCUGGAUGAGAAGACAGGCCUCUCAAAGAAGAAGCCCUGCGGUUUGCUUUGGUGUCCUCAGGGGGGCACGCCCAACGACUUGCUUUGCCGAUGCGAGUUUGCUUUCACCAAGGGUUACAGGAACACGACGGUGUGCAUCUUCAUGGUGGACACACGUCGCAGGUCCUCUCUGCGAAACAUUACGUCCGUGCUGAACGCCAGGUACUGGACGUUGUCAUUUGGGGUCAACCGGGCUUAUGCACACGAUUUCGGUUAUGAAAUCGAUUAUGUCAACCCGGACGAAGCCACCCACUAUCCAGGGAGGAAAGUGGGCUGGGCCAAGGUCAAGGUCAUCGUUGACGCUCUGCGCGAGCGUGGCCCAGAACGUUGUGCCUACGGCGUCUCUCUUGACACGGAUGCAUUCAUUCGCACUUCCGAGCCCCUAGCUGCCAUUAUCGCAGACUACGGCCUUGCGGACAACAAGCUGAUAAUGUUUUCGCAGGAGUACCAUAUGGAAAAUGACCACGAGGGUGGAAAAGCCUUAAUCAAUGGUGGCUUCUUCAUUGUGCGGAACACGCCAGAAGGAGUGGGAUUGCUGCAGGAGUGGUAUGAUGUCCCAGAGAUGUACGAGGACAUGGCUCACCUGAAGAAGGAGAAUCCUCAAGGUUUGAACCAAUGCUGGGACCGGAAGAUGCAGCCAAAGUACGCUGCAGUGACAGCACUGGGCGAACCUCACUUGUUCACCGCACCACUUGGCCUAGCAGUCCGGCACAACUGGUUCAAGGAUCUGCGCUUUGAGCAGGAGAUGCAGGACAUUCUGCUGCACCGACUUCAGCGCAGAUACAAUUGCAUCGUCUGCCAAAACGUGUAUGACUGGGAUGACUCAAACAACACGGACCCUGGAUGGCGCUGA